AUUUAUUUUUUAUAAAAUUUUAAACCCUAAUUCCAAAACCCCACCCCUUAACUCUAAACCCUAAGAUUUGGAUUAAUUAACCCAAGGGGUAUAAGUGUAUAUUUACCUCUUUAAUGAAACCUAUUUUUGUGACUUUGAACCUUGAGUGCUACUUUGGAAACAAAAACUUGGUUUAGUGCUAUUCUAGUCUUUUUCUCUUCUUUUUAUCUUUCUAUUGUCUAUCUAACAUAAGAAAAUGCACAUAUAUAUGCUUUUACCCGGAAACCUUGUGUAAUGACAAACUAACAACAAUAGACACAAAACUGCCUUUUUGGUUCGUUACAAAUAAGUUCUUGUUACAUGUUUUGCAUUAGAAGAAUAAGACGGUAUUAAAUCAAGAACCGUCAGCAAACCAUAAUCCCAAUACGAAUGAGAAGCGGUAUAAAAAGAAGGAUGCGGCAAUGGCGGAAGAAUCAAGAGGGAUGUUGUGAGACCAACAAGGACAACAAGCGUUGACUCUUAACUGGAAACGUUCUUGCUUAUUCAUCAUUAGAGCUUGAGCCGAUCAUCAUACACUCAGAAAAGAUAACCAUCCGGUAGUUGUACCUAAUGCUGAAGGGUCUUCUCAUCCUUAACCUUGAGUUCAUGGUAUUUCCUUUGACUGUGAACACUAUCAUACUUGAACAUAUAAGUCUGCAACAAUCAAACACGAAGAGUAAUCAAUUACGUUGUUCAAAUUCUGACUCAAGACUCAAAUCUUCUGCAAUCAAUCAAAACAGCCAAUUGAUGGGUUUCCCAAAGCCAAAACGAUCAUAGCCACGAAACUGAGUCAUAUAAUGAAAUGAACCAAUCCAGUAUUGAAACCACGUCAAAGGAAAGAAACAAACCAUGUGCUUAGUGGUGAUGAAGGGAUCGUUGAGGGCGACAAGCUCAAUAUCGUCUAACAACUCUAGUGACCAAACGACCCUUGACCAAUGAACGGCAGAGAGAAUCUUCUUCAUUCGAUCAGAAAGACAAAACGAAGAAACAGAGACAAUCAUUGAUUUUUUUUCGAGAGAAACUAUUUUUGACCUCAUUAACUUUUAACAAAUGUAAAAAUAAAUAAUAUUAAAAAUUAGUUUUAAUUAUUAUUAUUUUAAACAAGUUUAAUUAUUGAUUAGAAGGACAUAAUUGGAUUAACAUUAGUAUUAGUUCUAAGUGGACAAAAAUGUCUAAUACUAAUGUUGAUUGGGUAUGUUUUAUUUUAUCUUAUCAAUCAUUACUGUAUAAUGCAUAAUAAAUCGAAUAUGCUAUAAUCUUAAUAUUAGUUUUUAAAUUUACAAAUAUCUUACGUUUAUAUAUUACUAUUUCUGAAGAAAAUUGUUUUUAACUUAAUAAGGAAUAUUUUGUAUAUUUUGCAAUACGUGAAAAUCAUUUGUGUCGUACUGAAUCGCGAUUUAUAAACGUAUAGUUCUAUUUAAAGAAAUGAUAGAGGACAUGCAGUUUUAUUUCAAAUAUAUAGAAAGCAAUUUUAGACUCCGGACAGAUGCCCAAAAACAGAAAGUGUUGGCUUUCUCAAAUAUAGAAGGUUUACAUUUAUACGUAUUGUUAUUGUAUUACAAUCGGAUACAAAUAUAAUCUGAAUACUGCAUGUUAUUAAAAAUGUAAUAAAUUAAUAAUGAAUGAGCAUAUUUUAAUAUUUCUACAAAACAUUAAAAGAGGGACUAGUACUUGAGAACUUUAAUGUUAAAAUUUAAGUGAGAACUUUAAUGUUAUAAUCUAAUUGAAUGGUAGAAACACAAUUUGCCGUCUUAAUCGGUUAUAGAACACGAGAGCCAUUAACAUUUUGCUAUUCUCUCUCUCGGCCUUCAAUGGAUCCACCAAUUUCUCUUAAAGCAAAUUAAGCGUUCUUAAGCAUCUAUAUAAUCGAGUUCUUUUAUGAAAUAAAAUCAUUCAAUAAACUAAAAAAAAUAAUAGAAACUUUAAAAAAAAAAUUCUUUUAAUAAAUCACUCUAAUUCUUUUUUUUUCAUCUGACAGGAAAAUGACAAGAUUUCCUUUAGCAAUAUGUCUAAUGUGUAUAAUAGUAGCAUCAAGUACGGUAUAUGAAGCGCAAGGAGGUUUCUUAUUAAGGCAUUACUUGAGUAAACUUCCUAGACUGGCCAACGAGUUUGAACCUUUCGCUUUCAAGAUUAUGAUUAGAUUUAUAGACAACCUUGAGAGCUUAUGCUCCUCGAAAGUGGAGUACAAGGAGUUCUUCUCAAAACUGAAGGCUUUUUUGAUCUUCAUAAACUCAACAGCAGGGAAGUCUUCAUCGUCAGAAUUUGAGUCUCAGUUGAAAGCACAUUCUGAGGGGCUCUUCAAGGCUAUCACUGCAUUGGGUGUCAAAGCAUCGGCGGAUACGAGCAAGUUGAUUGAAAGUUUGAUGUCGAUGGGAAAAGUUAUGGCUGAGUAUAAGAGGAGCGGUUCACUAACAAUGACAAGUGAACAAAGGAGAGUGCUGAUCACAUCUAUGAUGAAAUGGGCACAAGUAAUUGGUCAGUUUGUGAAAACUGUACGUGAGAAGACUGGUGACGGUGAUAUUGAUCUCCCAUCUCUUGGCAUUGGAGGUGGAGAUGAUGACGCCGGAAGUGCUGGAGGGGGAAGCUCCGGCAGUGGUUCUUCCUCCAUGGGAGCUGUAAGUGCUGGAGGUGGUAGCUCCGGCGGUGGUGCCUCCUCCUUGGGAGCUGGAAGCGCUGGAGGUGGAAGCUCUGGCGGUGGUACCUCCUCCAUGGGAGCUGGAAGCGCUGGAGAUGGAAGCUCUGGAAGUGGUUCUCCCUACCCCGGAGCUGGAGGGACUGGAGGUGGUAGCUCAGGCAGUGGUUCUUCCACCAUGGGAGCUGGAAACACUGGUAUGGGAGAUGGAAGUACUGGUGGCAGUGGAAAUCCAUCCUCCGACAGUGGUACUCCGUCUAGUGAAACUGGAAGUCAUGCUGGCGGUGGAGGCGGUAGCCCGGGUGGAAGCCCAACUGAUAGCUCAACUGCAGGAGGAGGAAGUUCCAUGGGUGGUGGUGGAAGCUCUAGUGAUACCGGAAGUACAACUGGUGCCGGGGGUGGAAGUUCUGGUGAUACCGGAAGUACAACUGGUGCUGCUGGUGGAAGCUCUGGUGAUGCCGGAAGUAUAACUGGUGCUGCUGGUGGAAGCUCUGGUGAUACUGGAAGUACAACUGGUGCCGGGGGUGGAAGCUCUGGUGAUACCGGAAGUACAACUGGUGCUGCUGGUGGAAGCUCUGGUGAUACCGGAAGUACAACUGGUGCUGCUGGUGGAAGCUCUGGUGAUACCGGAAGUACAACUGGUGCUGCUGGUGGAAGCUCUGGUGAUACCGGAAGUACAACUGGUGCCACUGGUGGAAGCUCUGGUGAUACCGGAAGUACAACUGGUGUCGGAGGUGGAAGCUCUGGUGAUACCGGAAGUACAACUGGUGCUGGGGGUGGAAGCUCUGGUGAUACCGGAAGUACAACUGGUGCUACUGGUGGAAGCUCUGGUGAUACCGGAAGUACAAUGGGUGCCGAGGGUGGAAGCUCUAGUGAUACCGGAAGUACAACUGGUGUCGGGGGUGGAAGCUCUGGUGCCGGGGGUGGAAGCUCUGGUGAUACCAGAAGUACAACUGGUGCUGCUGGUGGAAGCUCUGGUGAUACCGGAAGUACAAUGGGUGCCGAGGGUGGAAGCUCUGGUGAUACCGGAAGUACAACUGGUGCCGGGGGUGGAAGCUCUGGUGAUACCGGAAGUACAACUGGUGCUGGUGGUAGAAGCUCUGGUGAUACCGGAAGUACAACUGGUGCAGGAGGUGGAAGCUCAGGUGAUACCAAAAGUACAACUGGUGCUGCUGGUGGAAGCUCUGGUGAUACCGGAAGUACAACGGGUGCCGGGGGUGGAAGCUCUGGUGAUACCGGAAGUACAACUGGUGCCGGUGGUGGAAGUGGCAGCGGUGGAACCUCUGCUGGUGGCGCAAGUGGAAGUCCAACUGAUGAUAGCUCAGGCUCAGGUGAAAGUGCUGGUGGUGAAACCUCUGGUGCUGGUGGUUCAAGCGGAAAUACAUCCAAUAUGUCUACGGAAGAAUCAAGUUCUAUGGGUGGUGGAAAGUCUUCUAAGGACAGUAAAAUCGCCACUGGUGGAAACGCCAGUGAGGAAAGCACUUCCGGAGGUGCAAGUGGAGGUUCAACUAAAACCACCGCCGCAGGAGAAAGGUCCAUGAAUAAUGGAGAUUCUUACUCAGAUUCUACAGGUGGAAACACCAUGGGGAGUCCCACCGGGAGUCCUUCUGGUAGAGGUGGGAGCUCUUUCACCGGAAGUGAAACUGGAAGCUCAUCUUACCAAGCUGGAGGAGCAUCCGCAGGUGGGCCGAGUGGAAGUACAACUGAUAGCUCAGCUGCAGGAGCAAAUUCAAUGAAUAGUGGAUAUUCUGCUAAAGGAAGCUCCACAACAAGUGCCCAAGGAAGUACACAGGGUGGUUCAGGUUUAGCUGAAGGAGCCUCCGAAGGCAAAUCUUUCAAAGGAAAAACUGGCUCUACGAGGUAUGAAGGUUCUUCCAACUAUCAAAAGACGCACUCAAAAUCCUUAGACAAAAGCUCCUUCAGCCAUUCCUCAGAAGACAAAAGCUCCGGCAACGUCUAAUUAAAUUCGUAGGUUCAGGACAAACAUAUAUCAAUCCUAUAACUUCAAUAAAGAGACGGCCCUGCUAAUUUACAGCAGCGAGCUGUAGAAUGUUUUUGCUAAAUACUAGAGAAUCACCUACAUGCGUUAGCUUUACUGCAUGGACAAUUUAGGAUUUUUUUUUAAUUCUGUUGUAAAAUAUGAAUAUAAUAAAUUACUAGAUUCUGAGAUAAUAUAUAAGUCUUAGAACAUUUAUCCGAAACCUAAGAAUCAACUGAAAAAAAAACAAAACUAAAAUUGAACCGAAUUUCAUAAAUAACCGAUCAGAUGUUUUAUCUCUUGAAUCAAAAAAUUGAAA